AUGUGGGGUGACUGUACGCAGCGGGUAAGUGUCCGAAAUGAACAACGUGCGAAUACCACGGUUCACAACUUGUCGAAACCUGCCGCAUUUAGUUCGCUGUUGACCGCCAAGCGAAAGUACUGCGUCACAGGCUUGCCUGACUGUGAACAGGAAAAAUUAAUCAAUAUUCUCUUAGUAUUUGCACCACUCGAAAUCCAUCUACUUCAAAUUCUGUAGCUACAGUAGAAAUUCAAGAUAGGCAAAGUCAUCGAGCUUUAGCUAUUACAUCUACUGCACAAGAAUCAAGUGCUUCUACGUCUGCCGAUUUGGCAGAAAGUUAAGAGAUUUUGACUAUUGCUGAAACGCAUCGUCAACCAAGUGCAUCACUGGCUGAACAACACGUCAUUGUAACUAUUGCUGAAGUGCAUAAACAACAACAAAACAACAAAGUUCAACACUACCUAGCCAACGGAACAUGGAAGCUGCAGCUGAAAUUAACAUAGCCAAUGAACAAUUACACGCACCUUCAGAUCCAAUGGACAAAAUAGAAGAAUUUCACCAGCAACAUAUUAUUUCGCC